AUGGCUAGCUCAAUAUCUUCCUACUCUGUCCAGUCCUCUCGUGGAUACUCCGCUGCAACCUCAAUUACCGAGUUAGACUCAAUUGCUUCUGCUCUUUCACCCAGAGAGACAAACUCGUUUCCAGAUACCAAAACAUGGAGAUCAUACUUAAGUUCUCCCCACAACUUCCACUUGCAGCCUAUAGAAUCCGUUUUCGAACUGAAGAUCAAGGUGCAUAAUAGGGAGUUGGUCUUCAAGCAGUCCGACACGAUCUCAGGCUUGGUAGAACUUGCAAAACCAAUUUCAAAUACGCGAAGCUCGACGACGAUAGACUCCAUCAAGGUAUUUCUCGAAGGUCACAUCUCACUGAACGACCCCCCGUAUACUAGAAUGUUUACCCAAGAAGAAAAUAGUUUGGUAAGUGAAGUCCAGUUUCCCCACGAGUUGAAUGUUGACAAAACCCUCUCCGUACCGUUCCAAUUUCUUGUUCCUGAAACCAUCAGCGAAAGCCUGCCGUGCGGAGAGAUUCUCCACCAACGACUUCCGCCAACCUCCGGGAAUACCUCCAGUUGUGGGUAUCUCUUUAAUAACAGUCCAUUGGAAAACACCUACAAUUAUAUCCUGAACUUGCAGGACCAAAACAUCUGUGUGACAUACUUCAUCAAGGUGUUGGUUACCGGAAAGAAAGAUACUACGGUUGACAGCAGCGACCUCCUCCUCGUCUUAAGAAGACAGGUCAAGAUCUUGCCGAGUUACUCGGCGCCGAGUCCUUACUGGAGUCCGUCAAAUUUAAGAAAGUUUGACAACAAAUUAUACUAUGGUGCGCUGAAGUAUUUCGUUUCCAAUAGCGAUGAGGUAUUUUUUGAAGCCAGCACGGGAAUGACUAAUCGCGACAAGUUGAUGGUAUCGCAAGUGGUUAAUAUAGACGAAUUUGAUCGCUUUGAUAUCAAGAUACCCAUACCCAAACCCAUCAGAGUGAAUCGAAAUAGAACCGGGAAAUCCUUCCCUUUAGAAAUUCUUUUACCUUCUGGCCGUGAGGGCAUUCCCGAGUAUGACUCUAUAACGGUCAAGCUUUUCCAGAACGUGUUGUUUUCUCAGCAUGACACAGUCCCGGCGAAUAGUUGCAUCGCUUCCCAAGUUGAUGACCGAUCCGACGAACCACACUUAAUUAUUGAUUCUAAGGUGGACAAAGAUUGUAUCAAGGAAGAGAAGUAUGAAUAUUUACCUGUGUACAGCGACGAAGAUUUGAUGACUUCCCUGUCGGGAAGUUCAGCGAGUCUGACUGCUUUGCAGAAAUUGAUCACCGUCAAUAUCCCGAGUAGCAAGAUUACUUCCUUGAAGCUUCCGCCAACCUUCCACACCUGCCAAAUUAGCACAACCUAUUUUCUUGAAGUUACCUUCCACUUUACCUCAGCCCCAAAGGAUGCGUCGGAUGAGUCUGGUACGAGAAGUAAAGGGUCUUUCUUCCAAAAAAUGUCGAAAUUCAAUUUUCCUGGGACUCCAAAGGCUGUAACUUCUCACUCCAUUGGCAUAAAUGUUCCUGUGGUUCUCGUACCCGAGUGGGACGACUGUCCGGACUGGGCAUUUACUGACGAUGAGCUUCUCUAUGGAUAUGCCUUGAACGAGGCCUUACCCACAUACGAAGCGAAUCGUUAG